CUAAGUUACUAAAUCUCAGUCAAAGCUCAGUUUCUACCCAAACCCGAUUGUAUUCUGACUCCAAUUCUGAACAUUUAUCAAUUUUGACAGGGGAUGCAGUCCGACAACGAUUUUUGCGACAGUGAUGACAGUUGCUCUAGCGAGGAUGAUCAUGACUAUGAUGCUCGUUUAUUCAGUGAUGACGAUUUGGGCGACGAUUCUGGUAAUGACGACUUCAUAGAUGAUGAUGAAGCUCAUUAUCGUAUUGCGAGUUUAGAGGAGGAGAAAAAUGAAGCUGUGCUGAAACCAUUGCAGCCAUCUAAUACUAACCAAACUACCAGAAGCACGUCACUAGUAAAUGCAGUCCCGAAAUUGAAAAUGAAGUCUAAUAAGAGCAAAACCAAAAGAAGUCAGAUUAUUACAAGUGGGGCUUAUUUACAUAAGCUUCUGACGGAAGAACAGGAUUGCUGCUCAAAAAUGUSCAUUUCGCAAAAAUUUUCUCCCGAGGAAAUAGAGGGGACGCUAAAACAUUUUUGGGAAAUGGACCAAGAGGAGCAAAGAAGCUAUAUUCUCGACUUUUUAUAUCUAAACCACACCAAGGAUCUAURUGGAAAAAUAAUUUACACGGGAUAUCCAUUCAGAGGAAAAGACCUAUGCCAAAAUGCAUGGAAAAAGAUACAUGGCAUAAGCAAUGGCAGAUUUCACAACCUACGAAAUGAUUUGGAAAAAGGGCGUUGCUCUCCCGUCAGCUCCAAAGUUGGUAUGGUUGUCAAAUCCGACAGAGCCAGACAAGCGGAGCUUUGUUUGAUGACUAUAUCAAAUUGA